CAUCCAGAACUAUACCCCCAAGGUCGGCGAACAGGCCACCUUUGCCGCGAUCCGACGGGCCUUCCGUGUCUGGCAAUCGGUGACGCCGCUGCGUUUCCGCGAGGUGCCUUACUCAUCCGUGCGGGAGGGCCGCGAAACGCAGGCGGACAUCAUGAUCUUCUUCGCCGACGGCUUCCAUGGGGAUAGCACCCCGUUCGAUGGUGAAGGCGGCUUCUUGGCCCAUGCCUACUUCCCGGGGCCCCACAUCGGUGGCGACACUCACUUUGACGCGGCUGAGCCCUGGACCUCUCGUAACGAUGACCUCAGCGGAAAUGACAUCUUCCUGGUCGCCGUCCAUGAGUUGGGUCACGCACUAGGGUUGGAGCACUCGAACGACCCUUCUGCCAUCAUGGCUCCUUUCUACCAGUGGAUGGACACGGAGAACUUCGAGCUGCCAGAAGAUGACCGGCGGGGGAUACAACAGCUCUAUGAUUUCUCAGGCUUUGCAGUGUCAUUAGUGGCCACUGGGGCUUAUGCAGGCAAAGAUAAAUGGUUUUGGCGAGUACGUAACAACCGUGUGAUCGACGGAUAUCCCCUCCCGAUCGGUCAGUUCUGGGUCGGUCUUCCUGCCUCGAUCAACACGGCCUACGAGAGGAAAGAUGGGAAAUUUGUCUUUUUCAAAGGAGACAAACAUUGGGUUUUCAACGAAGCCAACUUGGAGCCGGGAUACCCGAAACAUAUCAAGGAGUUAGGAAGGAGGCUCCCCACAGAUCGGAUCGACGCUGCCCUUUUCUGGAUGCCGAGUGGGAAAACGUACUUUUUCCGAGGAAACAAGUAUUAUCGCUUCAAUGAGGAGACCCGAUCCGUCGACGCGGAUUACCCUAAGAACAUUGAUGUUUGGGGGGGAAUUCCCGACUCACCCCGAGGCGCAUUUAUGGGCAGUGACGAAGCCUUCACCUACUUUUACAAGGGAGACCGUUACUGGAAGUUUAACAAUGAGAACCUCAAGGUCGAACCGGGCUACCCCAAGUCGGUGUUGCGAGACUGGAUGGGAUGCGCCACCGAUGACCGUCGCGAGGGAGAAGAAGUCAUCAUCAUUGAGGUGGACAAUGCUGAGGAAGGCGGGCUGAACGCCGCCACGGUGGUGAUCCCCGUCCUGCUACUCCUCACCAUCUGCGCCGUGGGAGUUGCCAUUCUGAUCUUCAAGCGUUACGGCACGCCCAAACGGUUACUCUAUUGCCAGCGGUCUCUGCUGGACAAGGUGUGACCGUCCUUUGGGGAUGUUUCAGGAGGACAGGUCUCACCUGCUUUUCCACCCUGUCUACCUGCCUGUCACAAUUCGGGUCCGGUCUCUUUGUCGCCACCUUUCGAGUCGUCGUUCUCCUGGCACUCCAUUCCUCCCUGCUUCUCCGUUCCAUUUUCUGUCGGACAUCUUGUCCAGCUCGCCUGUUUGCCAGCCAUCAGCCACGUUCUCUCUCUCUCUCUCUCCAAGAGCUUUUCUUGACGAUAAUGGUCCUCCUUCUUUCCUUCCUGUCUUCCCCACAGUCCUCUCUUUCCUUCCAAUGGCGUUUCUGUUAUCCGUUCUCACCUCACUGGCCAAGUGGGUGUGCUGAGCGCACCCCUUAAUUAAUCCGAUGAGGCAGAAAGUUGAGGGAGCCCACUCUACGGGGGUUAUGGCCAGGCCAACCUCAUGGCUACCCAUUUGUUGACCUCGGUAGAGAAAGGACACAUCUCCUGACCUUCCCGCUUGCAAAACCGGCGGGCCGAAAUCCAUACCGCAAACACUGUUCAUCCUCCUGACCGUCCCGUGGAAUUUCAAAUCUAAAAAUUGGUCUCUAGGUCUCUCUCUGGCCACCUUGCUGGUCCUUCCUUCCGAGGGCAAACGGUGGAGAACCAUCUCGCCGAACCAGUAAACCGCAAUGGGUGGGGAAGUUGCAAGUGGUGGCUCGUUGGUGGGUGAAGAGGUGAUAAGAGCUCAUAUCUAGAGACCCAUGGAUCUAGAAGGGAAUCACAGGGGAUCUUCUCCUUCCAAUUGGGCGAGAGGAAAGGAAGAACCAUGGCUGCUGACCGGCGAUGGUGUCUACCAAUCCGACAUAGCAGGGAAGAAAAUGGGUGGGCCG